GUAGCCGACCACACCAGGGGCAAUCCUACCAGCAGAAAAAAAAGGAAAACAGCCAUGACAGUAUAGCACCGGAUUUUAGGCCUUUCGGAAGAGAGCAAACUGCACCAACUGCAUCUGUUUCGGAAGCGAUCUUAGCAAUGGAGCGGUUCCAGCGCACCGGCAUUGUCCUCAUCAUCCUCAUCAGCGUACUGUGCGCCCAACCGCAAGCCAAUCACAAUUUCCCAUCGAAGGGAAGCAAUGCCACAGACCUUAGCAGUCGACUAGUUAGUCAAAUAGUUUUUAAUUCUACACUCAACCACCUGGCGGUGGACAGAAGCACCGGAUAUGUUUACGUGGGAGCGGUAAACAAACUCUACCAGAUAACGAACGAUUUUAACAUCCUGACGGUCGUGACGACCGGACCGCAGAACGAUUCGUACCAGUGUACGAUACUGGAGUGUCCGGGCGGUGCGGUCAAAACGCCGAUGGACAACGUCAACAAGAUGCUGCUGAUAGACAGCAACGCGAAGAACCUGAUCGUGUGCGGUUCGCUGUUUCAGGGCAUCUGUCACAUCCGCAACCUGCACAAUAUCAGCAUCGUCGAGCAGGAGGUGCUGGAAGCGGUGGUGGCAAACACCGCCAACGCCAGUACGGUCGCGUUUAUCGCGCCCGGUCCACCGCUCGCGUCCGCGGAGAACAACGUGCUGUACGUGGCGGUCACGUUCACUGGGAAUUCGCCGUACCGCAGCGAAAUACCGGCGGUGUCGUCGCGCAGCCUCGCCCGGGACCGGUUGUUUCAGCUGGCGGCCAGCGCGGUUACGACCGGCACGCGCCUGUUCGUCAACAAUUACGCGCGCGAAACGUACAUCAUCAACUACGUGUACGGGUUCAGCUCGGAGCGGUUCUCCUACUUCCUCACGACGCAGUACAAGAGCAGCUCGCACUACGCAUCGAAGGAGCGGAUCACGAAGCUGGUACGGAUCUGUCAGGAUGAUUCGCACUACCACUCGUACACGGAGAUACCGGUCGACUGUACGAGCAAGAACGGCACCAAGUUUAAGACGGUCAGUGCCGCGUACGUUGGCAAACCGGGCCACGAGUUGGCCCACAGUCUCGAGAUCACCACGAACGACGAUGUGCUGUUUGCGGUGUUUGAUGCACCGAACGCGAACCAGUCGGCACUGUGCGUUUACUCGCUGAAGGCGAUACGGAAAAAGUUUAUGCACAACAUCAAGAUGUGUUACAACGGUGAGGGUUUGCGGGGUUUGGACUAUAUCUCGCAGAACAUGCCUUGCAUCGCGACGAAGCUGCAAACGAUCGGGGAAGAUUUCUGCGGGUUGGAUGUAAAUUCGCCGCUCGGUGGCGAACAGGCGGUUGCCUCGCUCGCGGUUAUCCUGUCGGAGGAGCGCAUGACCUCGGUCGCGGUGACGGCCACUUCCAACUUUACCGUCGUGUUUAUCGGCACCGAGACGGGCCAGCUGAAGAAGAUCGUGAUGGAAUCGUCCGUGUCCGCGAUGCAGUACGCGAUGAUGAACGUCGACCUUGGGUCACCGAUCCAGCCGGACAUGUAUCUCGAUCCGGCCAACGACGAUCUGUACAUGAUGUCCAAGUACAAGCUGUUCAAGAUCCGCAUAUACGAUUGCUCCGUGUACACGACCUGCCAUUCCUGUCUGUCGGCGAAGGACCCGUUCUGUGGCUGGUGUUCGCUCGAAAACACCUGCAGCCGCCGGCACGAAUGUCAGGACAGCUCGAAGGAUCCACUGUCGUGGUUAAGCUACAAAUCGGGCAAAUGUACCACCAUUACGAGUGUGACGCCCCAUCAGCUGCAGCGCACCACCGCACGGACGCUCGAGCUCAUUAUCGAAAACCUGCCGAACCUGAAGGAACCGCUCGUGUGCGCGUUCACGUUCGCGAACAUGGAAAAACCGAUCAUCACGAACGCGACGAAGAAGCGUAACGGCGUCAACUGUACCACCCCACGGACGGACCUGUUGCCACAGAUUGGAUAUGGCGAAAACCAUUUUAACGCAACACUCUCAAUCAAAACGUCCCAGGGGCCGGACAUCGUUUCGACGACGUUUACCUUUUUCGACUGCAGCACCCAUCUGUCCUGCACGCAGUGCGUCUCGUCGAAAUUCCCGUGCGAUUGGUGCGUGGAAGCGCACCGCUGCACGCACGAUACGGCGGAAAACUGCCGCAACGACAUCCUGGUGACCGGCAUUAGCCGCAUCGGGCCCAGCUACCGGUCCGGGCCCGGCUUCUGUCCCACGAUCAACGUUACCGGGGACGGUUCGGAGAUACUCGUGCCGGCCGGUUCGAAAAAGUCCGUCCGGGUGAAGGUACAUAUCAUCGGUCAAUUCAUCGUGCAGACGCGCUUCGUGUGUCAAUUCAACGUCGAGGGUAGGGUGACGAGCGUCAAUGCACAGCUGCUGGGCGACACGAUCUACUGCGACGAGAUGGAGUUCACCUACACGGCGAAAACGUCCAAGCUGAACGCAACGUUUGCGGUCAUCUGGGGCGGUUCAAAGCCGUUGGACAAUCCGAACAAUAUCCAUGUUGUCAUCUAUCGCUGCCGGGAUAUGUCCGACAGCUGCGGUGUCUGUUUGGCGCUGGAGGAAAAGUACAAAUGUGGCUGGUGUUCGUCGUCCAACACGUGCGAGGUGGAGGACCAGUGUGGCAUCUCCGGCAAGGUGGAGGGCCAGAACAAAACCGACUGGUUGAACAAUCAGCAAACCUGCCCGAACCCGGAAAUCCACUCGUUCGAUCCCAAAACGGGCCCGUGGGAAGGUGGCACCAACAUUACGAUCCGCGGCAUCAAUCUCGGCAAGAAGUUCAAGGACGUGUACGGUGGUAUCAAGAUCGCCGGCAUCGACUGCAUGCCGUUCCGGGAGCUGUACGUGCAGACGAAGGAGAUCGUGUGCAGCGUGGACGGACCGGGCGUUAAGUCGCACCGGUCGGGCCGGGUCGUGGUGCAGAUAUCGGACUUCCGGGGCGAGUCGGCGAACGAUUUUGAGUUUGUCGAUCCGGAGAUUGAAAACUUCGAGCCGAAACAUGGACCGAUAUCGGGCGGUACGACGAUCAAGAUUAUGGGCCGGUACCUGAACACGGGCAGCCGGGUCCGUGCCUUCCUCGACCAGCAUCCGUGCGAGAUACUGAGUACGAACGACCGUGAGGCGACGUGCCGGACGACCGCUGUACCGAGCCCGAUGCAGGGCAAGCUGAAGAUGGUGUUCGAUAAUGGUGUGCGCGAGCUGAACGGUGACCUGUUCGAGUAUGUUCCCGACCCGUGGAUUGAGCUGGUGUCUUCCGGGGAGAGCAAAACGGCUAAAGGAAUACCGGCGGGUGGUAUCAAGAUGGCGGUACAUGGUCGUAACUUUGGCUCGAUUCAGCGACCCCAGAUCUACGUCUACUACAAUGGGCAAAUUUCGCUGAACGAGUGUAACAUCAUCAAUCCGCAGCUGAUGGAGUGUUACUCGCCGAAGAUUGAUCUGCAGGAGGAGGACCCGUUCGGGGAGUCGGACGACCCGAUCAACCUGGAGUACGGAUUCAUCAUGAACGAUGUGAUGACGGUGCGCAACCUAUCGUCCCAAUGGGGCAGCUACUUUGAGCUGUACCCGAACCCGACCUACCAGCCGUUCGACGAGGUGAAGUACUUCAACAGCGAGUACCUGAACAUCAACGGGCGCAACAUUGACCGGGCGUGCAAGUACAGCGACGUGGUGGUGAAGAUCGGCGAUCACGGCAUUUGCAACAUAACGUCGAUGUCGCGCCAGCAGGUUACCUGUCUGCCGCCGAAGAACCCGGACGCGAAGAAGGUGCACGUGAAGGUGAUUGUCGGCAAUUCGCUGCAGUUCGAUAUCGGCUACAUGGUGUACACGUCGGCCGGCAUAUUGCCGAGCUUCAGCAGCAAUGCGGUGACGUUCAGCGUGGUGAUAGCAAUCGCACUGUUCUUCUUCGUGUUUGUCGCGCUGGUGAUUGCGUACCGCAAGAAGACGAGCGAGAACAAUCGCGUGCUGAAGAACAUGCAGGAGCAGAUGGACAUUCUCGAGCUGCGUGUCGCUGCCGAAUGCAAGGAAGCGUUCGCGGAGCUGCAAACGGAAAUGACCGAUCUCGGUGGGGACAUCACGUCCGGCGGCAUACCGUACCUGGACUACCGUACGUACGCGAUGAAGAUUCUCUUCCCGAACCACGACGACCAUGUGGUGCUGCAGUGGGAAAAACCGGAACUGCUGCGCAAGGAGAAGGGCCUGCGGCUGUUCGGGCAGCUCGUUAUGAACAAGACAUUCCUGUUGCUUUUCAUCCGGACGCUCGAAAGCAACCGGUACUUCUCGAUGCGCGAGCGCGUCAACGUUGCCUCGCUGAUCAUGGUGACGCUGCAGAGCAAGCUCGAGUACUGCACCGACAUCCUGAAGACGCUGCUCGCCGAGCUGAUCGAGAAGUGCAUCGAUGGCAAAUCGCACCCGAAGCUGCUGCUGCGCCGUACCGAAUCGGUCGCGGAAAAGAUGCUGUCCGCCUGGUUCACGUUUCUGCUGUACAAGUUCCUGAAGGAGUGCGCCGGCGAACCGCUGUACAUGCUGUUCCGUGCGGUCAAGGGUCAGAUUGACAAGGGUCCGGUCGAUGCGAUCACGCACGAGGCACGCUACUCGCUGAGCGAGGAGAAGCUGAUCCGGCAGAUGAUCGAGUUUAAGGUGAUCACGGUGUACGCGAGCAUUACGCAGCCGCCGAUACUGUGCAACAACAUCGAGAUGAUACCAACGAACACAGAAAACAUUCCGGUGAAGGUGCUGGACUGUGACAGCAUCGGGCAGGUGAAGGAGAAGUGUCUCGACACGAUCUACAAGGCGAUCCCGUGGAGCCAGCGGCCCCGUAAGGAGGAUCUCGAUCUUGAGUGGCGCACCGGCGCGACCGGGCGGCUCAUCCUGUACGAUGAGGAUUCGACCUCGAAGACGGACGGCGAGUGGAAGAAGCUAAACACGCUGCACCAUUAUCGCGUGAGCGAGGGCUCGUGUCUGAGCCUGGUGCCGAAGGAAAGCUCCAUCUACAACAUAACGCUGCUCGGCGAAAAGUACUCGGAGAAGAUCCACAAGUACGAAACACUAAACAUAUCGAAGUUUGUUUCGCCGUCGCCACCGUUCAGCCGCGCCGGCAGCCCCAUGAACGUCGACCUGCAGGAGAACAGUCUCAAGUACUGGCACCUGGUGAAGCACCAUGACAGCGACGGUUCGAAGGAGGGCGAACGGGUGAACAAGAUGGUUUCGGAGAUUUAUCUAACACGACUGCUAGCCACUAAGGGUACACUCCAGAAGUUUGUCGACGAUCUGUUCGAAACCAUCUUCAGUACCGCACACCGUGGCUCCGCACUGCCCUUAGCAAUAAAGUAUAUGUUUGACUUUCUAGAUGAUCAAGCACUCUUACAUGGUAUUACCGAUCCGGAGGUUGUGCACACUUGGAAGAGUAACAGUUUACCGUUACGAUUCUGGGUAAAUCUCAUUAAAAAUCCUAACUUCGUGUUUGAUAUACAUAAGUCCAAUAUCGUGGACUCUUGCCUUUCGGUUGUGGCUCAAACCUUCAUGGACUCGUGUUCAACGUCGGACCACAGGCUAGGGAAAGAUUCGCCUAGUUCGAAACUGCUGUACGCCAAGGACAUUCCCUCGUACCGUGAAUGGGUGGAGCGUUACUAUAACGACAUCCGGGACAUGCCGGCAAUUUCCGACCAGGACAUGAACGCCAUGCUCGCGGAGGAGUCCAGGGUGAGUUUGCACACAACCGAAUUUAAUACCAACUGCGCCCUACACGAGCUUUAUCAGUACGCAGUAAAAUACAACGAGCAACUGACUGUCACAUUGGAGGAGGACGAGUUUUCGCAGAAGCAGCGGCUGGCGUUCAAGCUGGAGCAGGUGCACAGUAUCAUGUCCGCGGAGUAAGGUGUGCGUGUGUGUGUGUGGGUGUCGCACUGGGCCGGUGAUGGGCAAACCGGACCCGCACCGGACGGGCUGGUUGCACAUUGACCGGUUGCCAGUGCGAUCGGAAAACAACAACAAAAUAAUAUAUGUAUAGAUGGUAAGCUACCUGUAUUGAACUUUUUUUUUUUUCGUUCGUGACGAAGGGCGCAUCGUACAGACCUACAGACAUUCGUAAAAGCAAACAAAACAAACAAAAUAUAAUGUAUGCGAUAUUCAUGUUGUGAGCCCCAAUGCCGAGCGGGGUUAAAAAAAUGUGUGGGUAGGGAAAAAACAAACAAAAUAUUCUCAUUCAUCCAAAAACACAAACUCACUCACUCAUUCACACAAAACACACAAACACACAUACAACCACAGACAACCAAAACCCGGAACAUAAAUACAAAAUCAUUCGUGUAUGGAACACCGAACAAAGAUUAUAGUAAAAACAAAACGAAAAAAACGUCGCAAAACCCAACCAUUUGUCUAAUACACCACGUAAAAGUAUGUCGAGAAAACUGAGCAAAAGGGAGACUGAAAGAGUGCAACAAAGCGAGCGAAACGAAAUGAAGCAAAACGAAGGGCUAGUACUCGAAACUAAUGUCAAAAUAAGCAAAAACCCACACGAGCAAGGCAAAAAAUAUCAUGUUUUUAAGGAACGUCAUACAUCGCUUUUGAUUAAUUGUAAAACGAACCGCAAGUGUGUGUAUGUGGCAAAAUCGAAGAGAGAGAGAGAGAGUGAGAGAGAGAGAGAGAGAGAGAGAGAGAGAGAGAGAGAGAGAGAGUGAAGGAGCUUCCCGGUUAAGGGUUGCCAAUUUAUGCCGAACCCGGCGAGUAAUCUCAAGAGCGUGAAAAAAAGGGGUUAGCGAAGGGAAUGAAGGGUGUGUUCGGGUAUAAUAGGGUGGCUGCAAAGAAGUGAAUCAGUUGGCGUUAUCGGCACCCGGUGCGCUUACAGAAACACGAAACGAGACAAAGAGAUAGAAUUACAAACAACAAAGCAAAACAAAAAAUUAACGAAAAAUGGGUAAUAUCUUAGGCAUUUUGUGCAGCCAAACAAAGCAAAAAUCACACUUCUAAUCAUGUGUCCAGCAAAACGAUUUAAACGAAAAAAAAAACUGCAGUUCGACCCGCAAAACGCUUCUUGCGGCUAUACA